UCAUUGAGGUCCAGCCCGGGGCGGGGAGUUGGGAUGCGGGAGGGAGGGGGCGGGAGCAAGCGUUGAUUGGCAGCUGGAGGCGAGCGGCACAAGUGUGCGCCACAGCGCAGGAGCGCACCGAACCGAUCAGUCCGUCUUCCGCCGCAAGAGGCUCGCUUCUGGCCGUCCUGUGGGCUCUUUUUUUGAGGGAGGGUCCAUCUUGUGUUCUCAUCCAGCGGAAAGUAGCGGUGCAAAAAGACUGCUUUUCUUUUUUUUUUAAUUUUUUUUUUUUCACCGAGGAUGGAAUAAAAUGACUUUUUGAUCCAGGAUUCAGCACCGGAAUAUAAAUUGAAAAAAAAAAAAAAAAAAAAAAAAAAAAGGAGAUUUAAGUUCGAAUCCAAGUCCCUGCUCUCCGGCCGUGGAGUAAAGAUCUGCUGCGGACUUGCUGCGCGCGGUGGUGGAUGUGUUCGCCUUGGACCGGAGCCUCGCAGGCGGAUGUAAUGCGCAGAUUCUCCGCGGGACGCUGACCGAACCGGCCGGUGCGGGGUGGAAAAAAAACCAAAAAAAAAAAACAUGAACAAUUCUUCCGAACUCGAGGAUGGGACUCGCCACAAAAACCAGACGUUCUGCGAGUGUGUGCCCGGCUCCUCGCAGCUCAAACACCGCUGGUCCGACUCUGAAAGUACCAGGGAGACACCGGCCAAGAGGAUGAGCUGCAGCUACCUGCUCUGCACCAUCCUGCUCUUCGUGGCCGUGCUGCUGGCCGUCACCGUGACCGGCACCAUCCUCUUCAUGAACCACAAUCAGGCGCCGCCCAUGUCGGACGGCAUCCCGCACAUUUCCACCAACCAGGAAGAGGCCAACGCCCUGGUGACGGUGGAGCGGGGCGACGGCUCCCGCAUCAACAUCUUCAUCGAUCCCAACUGCCCCGACUACAGCAGCAACUUUUUGCGCCUGGAGGGGGUGCAGACCUCGCUGCUGCACUCGCUCACCGACCACGACUCGGAUCUGAAGUCGGUGAAGGGCCAGGACCGGGCUCUCCUGGUCAGCCUGGCGGAGGAAGUGGCCAAGCUGUCUGCCCACGCCGGGCAGCUGAAGAUGGACUACGAGUCCCUGCGUCGGGGGCAGGGCAGCCUGGGCCAAGACCUCAACACCCUGCAGUCCGAGCAAGGACGCCUCAUACAGCUGCUGUCGGACAGCCAGAUCAACAUGGUGAAGGUGGUCAACUCGGUGAGCGACGCUCUCAACGCCAUGCAGAAGGAGAACGUGGGCCUGAAGGCGCGCACCAAGGCCGACCUGCAGAGGGCGCCGGCGAGGGGCGCCCGCUUCAAAGGCUGCGCCAACGGCUCGCGUCCUCGUGACUGCGGCGACCUGUACGCCAGCGGCCAGCGAGAAGAUGGCAUCUACUCGGUGUUCCCCAUCCACCAUCCCGCUGGCUUCCAGGUGUACUGCGACAUGACCACGGACGGCGGUGGCUGGACGGUGAUCCAGCGCCGGGAGAACGGCUCGGUUAACUUCUUCAGGGCCUGGGAGUCCUACCGCGAGGGAUUCGGGAAGAUCACCGGCGAACACUGGCUCGGUCUCAAGCAGAUCCACGCCCUGUCCAUCCAGGGCAACUACGAGCUGCGCAUCGACCUGGAGGACUUUGAGAACGGCACGGCGUUCGCCCAGUACGGCACUUUCGGCGUGGGCCUCUUCUCCGUGGACCCGGACGACGACGGCUACCCGCUGACCGUGGGCGACUAUUCGGGCAACGCAGGCGACUCCCUCCUGAAGCACAACGGCAUGAAGUUCACCACCAAGGACCGCGACAACGACCACUCGGAGAACAACUGCGCCUCCUUCUACCACGGCGCCUGGUGGUACCGCAACUGCCACACGUCCAACCUGAACGGCCAGUACCUGCGCGGGCAGCACACGUCCUACGCCGACGGCAUCGAGUGGUCCUCGUGGACGGGCUGGCAGUACUCGCUCAAGUUCUCCGAGAUGAAGAUACGGCCCACGCGCGACCCGGAGAGCAAAUGAAGGCACGGGAGUGGACUUUUUUUUUCUUUUUUUUUUUUUUUGCUCCGCCCCUUUUCUUUUCUUCACUGGAGCUGCUUAAUCAGCGCAAGAGUCCUUUUUUUUUUUUUUUUUUUGGACGAAUCCCCAUCCUUUGGCGCAAACCAGUCCGAUAACAGCGCCGGACGACCUCUCACUCGCACCAUUUUCCGUCGCGACGCUCUCCGACGAGCUGACAACGUUUGGCGUCCCGAUAACGAGCGCAAGAAUGGCAGGAAGUGGAGUGGAACCAGGUGAGGCGGGGCUAAAAAAAAAAAUGAAAAAAAUGGAGGAUCUCGCCGCUCCAACUUGCAGACGCUAACUCAGCACUUUUUGUGCACCGUAGCCUCUCUUUGUGGUAUCAACCUACACGUGUGAUUUAACGCAAACAUAUUUUUUUCGUUCUUUUUUUCCGGCUGUCCAUGCAAAAUAGAUUCCUAUCAUGUGUUCACACAAAUGGUAAAAAAAGACGAUAAUAAUAUAUAUAUAUAUAUAUAUAUAAAGAAGAAGAAUAUUAUAUAUAGAAAAAAAAACAAAAAAACAGUGCAAUUGAAAAUUUCUACGUCUUUUUAUUUCCGUCGGUAAAUUAUUUUCAAUGAUUUCUUUGGAUGUACCAGAAGCUUUAAAAAAAAAAAAAAAAAAAAAGUAUAGAUUUUUCCUGUACAGCGUGUACGACUUUUACAGCAUGCCACUGUUUUUCUUACGACGCUACAAACUCAAGCACACGCGAGGAAGAGGAGGAGAAGAAACGAGUGAGGAUAAAGCGGCGGCGGACAAAGAGGGGACGAAAGGACGGCGAGCUCGCCGGAGUUUGUCGCCCCCGGAGACGAACGAGCGCUGGACUUUUUUGCAAGAACGCCGCCUCUGGUUUCAGAAAGACUCUGCAUGGCUGCUCAAGUUCCACCCCCCUAGUGGCCGAGGGGAGUGUAGCAUCCUGUAAAGUUUGCCAUGGAUGACUUUUAUUCCUGCGCUCCUUCUUCAACCCCCCCUUAAAGCACACAGGCGUUUUCCAUGAUAAAAGAGCCCCCCCCUCGCCCCAACACACACACACACACACACACACACACACACA